ACCUCGUUUGCGAGCAAGUGGCCCACACGUGCUGUUUCGCAGCAGAACGUUUAUCAAGCGAUGCUUCUCGAUUUUGCCUGGGACACUCUGGGGAGUUUACUUAGCGUAUUUGGCUAUGGCUUUGAACCGCUGCUUAAUUUCCUCGGCAUUUUGGAAUCAAUCUUUCGACUGGUCAACUUGCCCACGGAUCUGGCCGUCGACACGCGCAUCCUCUAUGGCCAUUAUGACUACGUGAUCGUAGGCGGAGGCUCGGCGGGAUGCGUACUAGCCAAUCGCCUGUCGGCCGACCCAACCAGAACGGUGCUGUUGAUCGAGGCCGGAGGUAUGGAGGACGCUUUCGCGCAGGUUCCACUGUUCGCACCGCUGCUCAUCGGGGACAGGUUCGACUGGAAAUACUUGCCUGAGCCGCAGGAGCACGCCUGCCUUUCUAUGAAGGAUCAGAGGUGUCCGUGGGCACGCGGAAAAGCCUUGGGAGGCUCGAGCGCCAUAAACUUCAUGUUUUAUGUUCGCGGGAACCGGCGUGACUACGACAUUUGGAGGGACGAGUUCGGAGCGUACGGUUGGUCUUACGACGACGUGUUGCCUCACUUCAAGAACAUUGAAACAUCGAGAGUUCCAGGCCAUGAAGAGUUGUAUCGUGGCACUACCGGAGAAAUACCCGUGGUGUAUGCUAAUACGCAUACUCGUCUGAGCCAAGUGUUCUUGGAAGCAUGCAAGGAAAGUGGCUACCCCAUCAUUGACUACAACGGAAGGUCACAGGCGGGGUGCUCCAGACUGCAAGCCAAUAUGCUCCGUGGUGAGCGCUGCAGCGCUAGCAAAUGUUUCAUCACUCCUAUACUACACAGGAAAAAUUUGCACAUUUCGCUACACAGCCAUGCUACAAAGGUGCUUUUUGAUGGAAAGCAUGCCACCGGAAUACGUUUUGCCAAUCACGGUAGGGAGUACCAAGUUAACGCUACUCGCGAGGUCGUCAUCUCGGCCGGAGCCAUCGGUUCUCCUCAGUUGCUCUUGCUGUCAGGCAUCGGCCCUCGCCAGGACCUGGAGAAGCUGAAGAUUCCUGUCGUCGCUGAUCUACCGGUGGGCGAAAACCUUCAGGAUCAUAUGCACGUCGACGGCAUCGCUGGCACGCUUCGUUGGCCAACAGGCAUUAACCUUUUCAGGCUUUCGACAGUGACUAACUACGCGACCACGCGGUCAGGUCCAUUUUCCAUCCCUGGAUCCGUUGAAGCUCUUGCGUUUGUUAGUACGUCGUUCGUGAAUGAAUCGCUGGAAUUCCCGGAUGCAGAGAUCGCCUUGCAGUCGCUGCCUUCCUCAGCACUACCUCUGGAAUGCUACCUGUCAAGCAUGGCUCUUCGGAAAGAUGUUUAUGACCAAUAUUAUUUGCCCAAUCGAGGACGGCACGGAUUUGCUUUGGCUCCUGUAAUGAACAGGCCGAAGUCUCGUGGUUACGUGAAACUGAGGACAGCUAACCCGUUUGACCAUCCCAUCAUCGACCCAAAAUACUUAACCCAUCCUGACGACGUUAAAGCGGCAGUUGAAGCGGCCAAGAUUGCGCUGCGCCUCAUGAAGAGCGAUGCCAUGCAGGCCGUGGGAGCGAAACCUUGGAACAUCCCUCUUAAAUCGUGUCUCUCUGAAGGCGAAAAGUGGAGCGAUCCCUACUUGACCUGCCUUGUACGACACUUGGCUCACACCACGUGGCACGCUUGCAGCACGUGUCCCAUGGGCUUGGAUCAAAGAGCCGUGGUGGACCCCGAGCUCAGGGUGCGGAGUUUGAAGAACCUGCGCGUCGUGGACGCAUCUGUCAUGCCAACCAUUGUAACUGGAAAUCUCAACGCGCCUACCAUGAUGAUUGCCGACAAAGCAGCGGCCAUCAUUCUUCAAGAUAAUUCGUAGUUCACAUUACUGGCCUAUGAAACACAAGCUAGGUUCUUUCUCUCAUCGUUGGGGCUACGUUGACAAAGCGAAGUAAAAAUACUGAGCUGCUAG